GGUGAAGUAGCUCGCCAGUAACUCUGGUUCUGUGGUACUUAUAUCGUCCCCGGUCGUCGAGUCCUGGAUUUUCGCGUAAUUUCGCAGUAGUCGGUCGGAAAAAAGAGUACCCAGGGUAUCCAGGUCAAGGAUUCUUGUCCGAGGAGAGGUCCUCGACAUGGACAUCCCCGGGCUGUCGUACGUCUUCAACGCCGGAUUCACCCUGGUCGUCGCCGCCUUCCUCGUGCCCGCUCUGCUCGUCAGUUAUCCCGUGGUGAAAUGGUCGCGGAAAUGUUGGAUCCGCCUGGUGGAGUCGAAGUACCCAAAUCGGACAGUCGUGAGAGAGAACAGCAUCAGGACUAUCCUGGACCAGGGGAGAAACCAGGCCGUCUACACGCUGCUGCUUCGAGGAAGGUCCCUCGGCGAGGGUAUUCGAGGACACCUGUUGCACCUGACCUCGACGAAGCCGUUCCUGCGAUGUGCCCUGAACACGAAAUGGGGCCUCUACACCUGGGAGAGCCUCGAAGAGUUCUCGGUGGACAAUCACCUGAUAAAUUCGCCGUGCACCUACCGAGGCCGACCUGUCACGGAAUUGAACAUUCAGGACCUCGUGAGCGACAUAACGUCCAAGUUCCUUUCUCCAAACCACUCACCCUGGCAGGUGCACCUGAUAACCUGCCUGCAGAACGGAGUGGAGAGUCAAGUGUGCCUGGUACGGGCGCACCACGUUCUCCUGCGGCAGGAGCAGCUAACCCUGGGGGACUUCCUGCCCCUGAAGUCCACCUCGGAGCCCUGGGCCUGCCAGGCGAGCGAAUCCCCCUUCUGCAACCUCUAUUCGGCACCCUCGGCCCUGCCGCACCUGCACCAGAAGCUCACCGAGAGCUUCAGCAACAACUGGAACGAGUUCCUCUGCAACAACGACCCGACCGAGCGGCCGGAGAUCCUGAAGAAGCCGAUCGGCCUCUUCCAGUGUCUGAAGAUCGGCACGAUAGUGCUUUUGGCGAGCCUAAGAGAGAUCACGAAGACCUCCGGCAGGGUGGAGGGCUUCUGGCCGGUCUUCUGGUACUCGGUGGUCCAGCGCGAGGCCCGGAGACGCAACUUCGACGUCGAGGUCAUCCUCUGGGCGGCCCUGCGAGCCUUGAACCCCCUGGAGGUGUUCCACUGUGCGUUGCGCUGGCUCUGGUACCUCGCGGUGACCCUGACCCUGAAGACGCCCAUCCUGAUCCUGCGGGAGAUCAAGGCUCUCGGCUCGGCCCAGAAGCACCAUUACCCCGAGACCUUGACCUCGGUCCUCGCCUGUUACCUUCCUCUCAUCUUCCAAGCCACGAUGGAGGUCCUCUCCAUCGUCGGGAUCGUCGUCAAGGCGCCCGCGGCCAUCCUGGGCGAGCUCGUCUUCAGCCACUCCAGGAAUAGCAACCUGAGAACCAUCACCCCCUGCGGCAGGAAAAUCGUAUCUUGGUCGGAGAAGGUCGAUGUCGAGGUCGUCAGGAUGAUUUCUAACGUCACAGCGGCAUCCGAAGCGGACGUCCUUCUCGCCGCGGUUGUCGGGUCCUUGAAAGAGUAUUACCGACACAGAGGACUCCAACCUCCGCAGGAUAUCCUGGCCACGGCCAAGUUUGUCAGCCAGAGGGCACUUUAUGUCAAGAAUCACGAAGCCAGAGGACUACUGUGCGUCGCUCUGCCCACCAGGACCCCGCUUUUCGACGACGACCUCAUUGAGAUCCUUCAGGUGAUCCAGAGAAAUAUCCAAGAAGCCAGGUCCAAGCAGAGCGCGAUUUAUGCCAUCACAGCCUCGGAGUCCUCUCGCAGACUCCUGUCCUCCUGCUUGCCAUCCUUGCUUAUCAAGCUCGUCCUUAAUUAUCUGACCAGCAGGUAUUCCUUAUUACUGACCCACGUGGAUGGCGAUUCGCCGGUGGAGGGUGUGGACGAUGCCAUUUAUUGGAGACCUUUCCAAGGAAAUUCCAGCAUGUCGCUCACCUUGCACAGGCAUGGAAAGGAAAUUCGUCUCGGGAUUAUGGUGGACGUUAUGUUAAGUCAUCACGCCGUUAUCACGAGGAUGUUCCCGAAGGUCCUGCAACACAUGGCUCAGAUUGUUGGAGUCCCCAGAAGUCUCAGCAGAAGUCCCAGCCCGGAUGAAACCAGUCCCGCCAUCUCGCCAGGACUUUAAUCCUUACCAGGACCCUUAUCACUGUCAUAAAUUUUGCAACUCGAUAAUAAGGAUCGGAUGCGUCCUGAUCGAUGCACCUUUUUUUACGGUAACAAUCGACGCGGUAGUACACCAGCGGUCAUCCUUGGAUUUUACAUCGAGUAACCGGGUGAUGGCCGGAUACUCUACGAGGUCUCAACCAGAAGAAACGAGAGAAGGAGCCGACGACAAGACUGGACAAUUUGUUAAUAUUCUUUUAAACGUGCUCAAAAAUGUAUGUACUUGCGGUACCUGAGGUAUAAUAAACUGUAAAAUAAUUAAUGUAAUAA